GAAAGUGGACCAAAACAGUGCCGUAGCAGCCUGGGAAAAGCUAACCAGGGAAUGAAUGCACUCAUUUAGCGCCGUCAAACGUAUUGCUUUCAGAAGGACAAUUGGCUGAAACGCUGACUUUCUCUCGAAGUGCUGAUUCAGCCGUAAAGUAAAAAUGGCACUGAGUGCAUCGUGUGAAACGGUCUCUCAGAAAAGGACUCUGUCGAGCCUCCUCGCUGGCCGUGUGGUGAAGAGGCCGAAGCAGGAAGAUGCUCGGAGGCUGCAGGAGGCAGCGAUCCAGCUGCUGGAACAGCAGCAGAACCUCUGCGGUCUGCUCAGGGAGGUCGGGAAUACAGAUCCGUGCAACAUUUUCCGCACUCAGAACGGCGAGGAGAAACAGGCGGGCUCUGAAGGCGCCACAUCCACCUCUGCAUGUUCACUGCUGGCGUGCGAGCUGAGGCGUCGGGCCUCGCAGCUGGGCGUCCCGGCGGCGGCGCUGUCGGUCAAGAUGGUGCUGGAGAGGCUGAUGGAGAUCACGGGAAGCGAGGAAGAGGAGAAGAGGAGAGGGCUCCUCACGUCCUCUCAGCGAGUCCAGCUGUGCGUCCUGCUGGAGUCCAGCAGAGAACUGCUGUCACAGGGAGCCCUCUGCCCUAAACUGCUCUGGCAGGAGUACAGGAGGGAUCAGAGGCUACCCAACCUGGAGGUGGUGUACCAUCUCCACGUUUGCAACAUCCUCACCCUGAAGUACAUCAUAGAGAGUGAUGAAGAAGUGAGACUGUGGUUGGUGUCUCAGGUGAAGGCUCUGUGCGGUUGGAAGCCUCCUCACGGAGACGAGGAGACCAAACAACUUCAGCGGAAAGUGCUGUCAACUGUGGUUGGAGUCUUGGUGGGAAGUGGCUUUGAGCUGAUCCAGGAGCCGGCAGCUGCCGACAGGAGGGCGUCCCUGCUCUGCUGCUCGGUGCUGGACGACAUGCUCUUCUGGCUGCUAGACACCGUGGGAAAGAGUCUGACGCUGCGGUGUGCUGGAGCAGGAGCCGAGCUAUGGUUCAUUGUGUUUUAUGUGUCUUAAGCUUCAUGAAAUCAGAUAUUUGUUGAGUUUGAGGUCUCUGCCUGAAGAAAACAAAAUCUAAAAAACAAACAACGUUUCUCAAACAUUUGGAGGAAGAACAAAAUAAUGAUGAAAUCCUCCCAUAUCAAUUUUAAUUGAUCAACCACUUUUCGUACUGACAUGA